UCUCAAAGAGUCUGCAUGCUUAUGUCCCACAGAAUCAGAGACGCGACAGAAGCCGAUAAGAAGCCUAGUUUGAUCAUGUCUCAUUUUUAAUCACCCGUGGGAUAAAAAAUAAUAAUAUAUAUAUCAGUCUUUCUCUAAAGUUGGAUGCGUAUUUGGAUAUAUCUCGCCUAAUAAAAAAAAGGUAUUGUCAGUUGUCCCAGCCUAAUUCGAGGACUUUAUUCUCUCGGAUCAGCCCGUUUCCUGCGACUAGACAGUCCCCAUCUGUCCCAUCUGCACGACAGGACGGUGGGCAUCACUGGACUUUUACGGAUAGAAACUGGACGACACGCCGUGAUUUGAAUGCCUUUGCAGGGACUUUGCUGGCUUGUGUGCUGCAGACAAGGCUUCAGUUUGCUGGCUCGGGAUCAUGGGGAGAAAGAGGAGGAAGAGUCUUUUGAGUUACGCAAUCAGGACGAGCACACACACACAGGACGGGGGCAACUAGAGGUCACUCUGUCUCAGCCCACUCGCACAGCCAACGGCACACCCUGUCUGUCGGGAGUUCCUGAGGAGAAAAGAAGUCUCAUCACACAGAAGAGUAAGAUGACAAUGGACGAAGAUCCUGAGGUGCUUGUGAAGGGCUGGCUCCUGCGGGAGGUGCAGGGAGGUUGGCUUCGGCAGAGGAGGUUCUGGUUUGUGUUGACAACAGACUCCCUUGACUACUACAGCGGCCCGGACCGAGAUGCUCGCAGACUGGGCACGCUUGUACUCACUUCCCUCUGUUCGGUACUGUGGCCGGAUAAACACACCUACAAACAGACAGGUUACUGGAGCCUGACGGUGUAUGGUCGUAAACAUUGCUACAGACUCUUUACGAAGCACUACAAUGAGGCGGUGCACUGGGCGUGUGCUGUACAGAAAGUCAUAGACAGCAAAGCACCAGUCGAGACGCCAACACAGCUCCUCAUACGAGACAUUGAGGAGAAUAAAUUCAAUCCAGAGGUUGUAGAACACAUCUACGAACAUAAUCCCAUCCUGAGGUACACGCAGAGCCCCCUCUAUGCCCCACUGCUGCCUUUCCCCUAUGGCAGCCUGCACCACACACAUAUGGCAGGCAAAGGCUACACUUCAAUCCGUGAAGAGGCGGUGAGGCUUUUUAACUGCCUCCAGCAGUUAGAGUCGGCCCGCGAGCCCAUUCCUCUCAUACAGGGGAUCCUGCAGACCUGCCUCGACCUCCGGCCGCUCCGAGAUGAACUCUACUGCCAACUUAUUAAACAGACCAGCAUAACCAACUCCAGUGUCCAGACUCAGCCGAAUCCGCAGCUCAGAUACUGGCAGCUGCUCACCUGCAUGAGCUGCACCUUCCUGCCCAGCUGCAGCAUACUCAGAUACCUACGUUUUCACCUGAAGAGGGUUCAGAGUUUGAGUGUGGACCCGGAGGUGGAGAGCUACGCGUCCUUCAUAGCCCAGGCUCUGGAGAAGACUCGCGGCCGGGAGUGUGUGCCCUCGUGGGAGGAGAUCCAGGGGCUGAUGGGAAGGCAGGAGAUACUGUGUACUGUGCACUACCCUGGACCAGGCUGCUGCCAGAUACCGAUCACCUCGCACACCACGGCUAAUGAGGUCGUGAGGAAGAUGGCGGAACGCCUCGGGCUGCAGGACAGCCGAAACACGUUCGCUCUUUUCGAGCAGAACUCGUGCUGGGAAAAAGCUAUCGGGGGCAACACAAUAAUUGCAGAUGUCAUCACCAGGUUUGAAAAUUUGUCAGCUAAAGAUCCAGACUCUGACUGCCAGUGCAGACUCUGCUUUAAACUCUACUGUCUGCUGGACACCGACAACAUCAGUACAGACAGUAUUGAGUACCUCUUCCUGUAUGAGCAGUGUCAUGAGAUGGUGGUGCGAGGCCAGCUGCCGGCCUGCGAGGAUGACCUUCUGUCCCUGGCAGCGUUGAGACUGCAGUGUCUGCUGGGAGAUUUCAGCGCCCUCUCGCCGUACCCGCCC